UCAUCCAUCAUUUUUCAAUUUUCAUGGCAUUCAAUCAUAGUAAUAAUAACAAUCAUAGUUCACCAGUUAAUAACGAAACCAAAUUUGUAGUGAGUGACCUUGAGCAACAACAACAAUUAUCAAGAACCCCAGAGAACGAAGAAGAAGCAAAUAAGGAGGAGGAAUUUGAUUACUCAAAAAGAUCCCAGUGGCUGCGUGCAGCGGUGCUGGGAGCGAACGACGGGCUGGUGUCGACGGCGGCUCUGAUGAUGGGAGUGGGAGCAGUGAGAGAAGACAUGAAGGCCAUGGUGUUGUCGGGUUUCGCAGGCCUUGUGGCAGGGGCAUGUAGCAUGGCCAUUGGUGAGUUUGUUUCUGUGUAUUCACAGUUAGACAUAGAAAUUGCUCAAAUGAAGAGACAACAACAAGAAGAUGAGAAAGAGAAAGAGAGUUUACCGAACCCUUUGCAAGCAGCGGCAGCAUCAGCUUUUGCAUUCUCGGUUGGUGCAAUGGUUCCUCUUCUUGCGGCAUCUUUUGUAAGAGACUAUAAGCUCAGGUUGGGACUUAUUUUGGGGUCGGUUAGUUUUGCUUUGAUUUUGUUUGGUUGCUUGGCUGCCACUCUUGGUAAGGCUCCUCCAUUUAGGUCUUGUGUUAGGGUCUUCUUUGGUGGUUGGUUAGCCAUGGCUAUAACUUUUGGCCUAACCAAGUUGAUUGGCUCAAGUGUCCUUUAACUACUAUCUUUUCUCACACAAGUUUUUCUUGCUAACUCGGUGUCUAAUUACAUGUUAAAGGUGAAUCAUGUGUAUUCUGUUAUGUACAUAUAUUAUUGUAUAGAAGAUAUUCUAUUUACUAUUGAAUAAAAUA